CGCGCGCUCGCGGACAGUCGGCGCGCGGGCCGGGCCGGGCAGGCGCCCCGUCAGCUUCGCUCGCCCGCGUCGCCCCGGGCCCCGGGGGAUGCCCCCGGCCGGGUCCCCCCAUGGCCGCCGACGUCUUCAUGUGCUCCCUGCGUCGGCCCCGCAGCCGGGGCCGCGCGGUGCUGCUCAAGCCCCAGGUGCCUGAGGACGACGACGACUCGGACACGGAUGAGCCGUCUCCGCCGCCCGCCUGCGGCGCGGCCACCCCGGCCCGGGGCCACGCGAGCGCCGCGCCACCGCCGCCCAAGGCCGGGUCGGGCCGCGAGGAGCCUCCGCGCCGCCAGCAGAUCAUCCACAGCGGCCACUUCAUGGUGUCGUCGCCGCACCGCGAGCACCCGCCCAAGAAGGGCUACGAUUUCGACACGGUCAACAAGCAGACGUGCCAGACGUACAGCUUCGGCAAGACCAGCUCCUGCCACCUGUCCAUCGACGCCUCGCUCACCAAGCUCUUCGAGUGCAUGACCCUGGCCUACAGCGGGAAGUUGGUGUCUCCGAAGUGGAAGAAUUUCAAGGGCCUGAAGCUCCAGUGGAGAGACAAGAUCCGGCUCAACAACGCCAUCUGGCGGGCGUGGUACAUGCAGUAUUUGGAGAAGCGCAAGAACCCUGUGUGCCACUUUGUCACUCCGCUGGACGGCUCUGUGGAAGUGGAUGAGCACCGACGGCCAGAGGCCAUCACCACGGAAGGGAAGUACUGGAAAAGCCGCAUUGAGAUCGUGAUCCGGGAGUAUCACAAGUGGAGAACCUACUUCAAGAAAAGGCUCCAGCAGCACAAGGAUGAGGACCUCUCUAGCCUGGCCCAGGAUGAUGACAUGCUUUAUUGGCACAAACAUCGGGAUGGCUGGAAGACCCCAGUCCCCAUGGAGGAGGACACACUGCUGGACACAGACAUGCUCAUGUCGGAAUUCAGCGACACCCUCUUCUCCACGCUUUCCUCCCACCCGCCGGUGGCCUGGCCCAACCCACGCGAAAUAGCACAUCUGGGAAAUGCAGACAUGAUUCAGCCGGGGCUGAUUCCUUUGCAGCCUAACCUGGACUUCAUGGACACUUUUGAGCCUUUCCAGGACCUCUUCUCUUCCAGCCGCUCCAUUUUUGGCUCCAUGCUGCCUGCACCCGCCUCAGGGCCUGCACCAGAUCCCAGCAGCCCACCUGCUCAGGAGAGCAUCCUGCCAACCACCGCUCUCCCCACCACGGGCCUCCCUGACGGCUUCAUCACGCCCCCCACAGCCACCGCCCUGGACCCCACAAGUGGGCAGGGCUGUGAACACACCUCCCAACCUGGGGACCCCUUUCUCCAGCCCACAGACCUGGGUCCCUCGGCACCGCCCCUGAGUGUCCCCCAGCCCUUCCUCCCCGUGUUCACCAUGCCCUUGCUCUCGCCCGGCCCCGCUCCGGCACCUGCUUCCCCCAUCGUGCCGUUAGGCCCUCCUCCUGCCACUGCCCUGAACCCCUCGAUGCCCCCCGCCUUCCUGCAGCCACAGAAGUUUGCCGACGUCAGCAAGUCACCCCCCGUCAUCACCCACACGGCCUCUGCCACCCUCACCCAUGACGCCUCUGCCACCACCUUCAGCCAGAGCCAAGGCCUCAUCAUCACGACCCACUAUCCUACCCCCUCUGGGUCCCCCUGUGGCCUGGCACUGUCUCCGGUCACCGGGCCGCCGGCUGUCGGGCCUCCCCAACCCCGUUUAGCUUUUGUGCACCCCAAGCCCGUACCCUUGCCUGGGGGGAGGCACAAGCAGCCCCCCAAAAUAGUGCCUGCUCCCAAACCAGAGCCCGUGUCCUUGGUAUUGAAGAGCGCUUGCCUCGCCCCAGCUGCCUUUUCAGGACAGCCGCAAGCAGUGAUCAUGACGUCAGGCCCUCUGAAGAGAGAAGGGAUGUUGGCUUCCACUGUGUCCCAGUCCAACAUGGUCAUCACGCCUGCUGCCAUCGCCAGGGCUCCUGGAGUCACAGAGUUCCACAGCGGCAUCCUGGUGACAGACCUCGGCCAUGGCACGGGCAGCCAGCCUGCUCCCGUCUCCCGGCUCUUCUCUCCCAGCACAGUGCCGGAGCCCCUGGUGAAGGGCGAGCAGGUCCUGCCGCAUGGGGGUGUUGCCCAGCUCCCUGCUUCGGGCGCCAGUGAGUCUGCUCUUCGGUUGGAACGGUUGGGACCUUGUCGAGACUGCCCGAACUCAGGGCAGGCCUCUCCGUGUGCUUCAGAACAGAGCCCCAGUCCUCAGUCUCCCCAGAACAACUGCUCAGGGAAAUCUUCUGCAGACCCCAAAAAUGUGGCUGCUUUAAAGAACCGGCAGAUGAAGCACAUUUCAGCUGAGCAGAAAAGGCGCUUCAACAUCAAGAUGGGCUUUGACACCUUGAACAGCUUGAUCUCUAAUAACACCAAGCUGACCAGCCACGCCAUCACGCUGCAGAAGACUGUGGAGUACAUCACCAAGCUGCAGCAGGAGCGCAGCCAGAUGCAGGAGGAGGCCCGGCGGCUGCGGGAGGAGAUCGAGGAGCUCAAUGCCACCAUCCUCUCCUGCCAGCAGCUGCUCCCUGCCACGGGCGUCCCCGUCACCCGGCGCCAGUUUGAUCACAUGCGAGACAUGUUUGAUGAAUAUGUGAAAAGCCGGACCCUGCAGAAUUGGAAGUUCUGGAUUUUCAGCGUCAUCAUCAAGCCGCUGUUUGAGUCCUUCAAGGGCGUGGUGUCCACCACCAGCCUGGAGGAGCUGCACCGGACGGCGCUGUCCUGGCUAGACGAGCACUGCUCCCUGCCCAUCCUUAGGCCGACCGUGCUGAGCACCCUCCGGCACCUGAGCACCACCACGUCCAUCCUGACGGACCCGUCCCAGCUGCCAGAGCAGGCGGCAGAGGCCGUCACCAGGAUCGGCCAGAGAUCCGGGGAGUCUUAGCAGCGCGUAGUGGGCACGUGGAGACCCUUUCCGCCGGUGGAGAGGAGGCUGCGCCCCUCACCCCUCCAGACGCAGAGCCUCUGGGCCUCCCUCCGACUGCGGGCGCAGCCACAGAAGCCCGCGCUCAGGUCUGAAGCAGGUUCGGGUCCUGCCGACAGCAAUAGCCCCAGCUUUGGGAACCCCUUGCUGUGAACUCUGACUCAGCGACCUCAGUCACCGACCGCCCCUCCUCUCAUGGUAGCCCGGAUGAAGGGGAGCGCCGCCUGUCCCUGUCCUGUCCUGUCCUGCUGGUGGGGUGUUGGGGCCGUGGUGCCAGUUCUGGGAGCAGAUGGGGCAGGAGGGGGCAUCGCCUCCUCCCAGAGUUAGGAAACCUGAGGGUCCUCCCCGGCUCCUGUCUGGAGAUUUACACACGCUUCCUCCUUCCACCUCUCGGGCUCCUGUGGGGCGGUUGGAAGGCAUCCUCCCUCUGCCCCUGACUCUGACCUUGUAGAUAGAGUGGACGUCUGCUCAGGCCUCGCAGGGCCAUUGCUGAGGAAACCCUGCAACAUACGUGUGCAAAGCGGAGGGUGUGCGCGCCCGUGGAUGGGAACGGAAGCACAAACGACGUGCAGCUGCUGCUGGCUUGGGGGUGGGGGGGCUCUCUGGCAGGGCUGCCAUCGGUUCUGAUCUGGUUCCGCUUGGGGUUGUGGCAUCCACGGUGGGGGCACCGACCUGAGAGUCGCGUGGCGGGGGCUCAGCGGGGCCCUGCUCCCUCGUUCUCCACCUGCUUUCGAGCCCACCGAGCGCGCGGCCUUGCUGGGUGGAUGCUGCUAGCCCUUUGGGUGCCGUGUUUGAAAGACCAGGCCCCACGGUGCUGCCAUCGGCCUGGUCGCCUCGUCUGGAUUGUCCGGCCGGGAGCCCCAAACCGUAACAGUUCCCGGACCAAAGAUGCCACCGCACCCAGCGUCUGCCCUGUCUCGUGUUUAGAGGCAGAAGGUUAACGUCAACACGGAGCUCUGAGAUGGCCGCAUCGGAGCUGUGUCUAGGCGGCUCCCGAUCAGACAGUAAAGAGCUGUACUUGGAUUCGGUCCAGGUGGAGGAGCAUCGGGGCAGCAGGCUGUUUCCGAAUGUGGGAAUUGCACUUGGAAGGGUUCGGAGGAGGGCGUGGCGGGAGGGGCGGGUCCCGGGCCCGUCCUCCUCUCGCUGUGUCUGCAAGAGUAGCUCCAGGUGGAAGGACGCUCUCUAACACUCAGGAAGCCCAGCCGGGGUACCUCCUUGUUGAAAGAAUGUGCUUUUCACGUCCUGCUGUGAAGUUCAGAGGCCAGCAGGCUUCUAUUUGACCUCUGUCAAAGACCGGGCAACGCUGGGCAGGCCAGGAGCCCUGCUGGACUCUGCAGAGCCCAGGAGUCCCAGCAGGGGCUGCUGUGGGCCACCCUCUGAAGUUUGGAUCCUUUCGGAGACUCCCACUGGUUCCUGGAGCCCCGUGGAAGGGGCUCGGCGUGGGCAGCCAGCCUCACCUCAGCCUCAGGCUGAUGGAGGCCGGAGGCGGGGUCUCCCUGCCGCCUGUGCCUCCGCCUCUGCCACAGGUCACGACUGGUCCUCUCUGCUCCCUCGUCCCUGCUCCAGCCCCGUCAAGAGCACCUUGGGGCACCCCUCCACCUCCCCAGGACCCGUGUUUACAGGCUUUCCAAUGGCUCUCCUGAGAGGCAGCCCUCCACUUCCACUGGAAGGUGGGAUGAGAACUCAGCCUUCCCCCAGGGCAGACACAAGGUCUCCAUCACAAGGGAAAGAGGGCCGCGGUAAGAACUCCACGAGGCUCCAAAGGAAAAAAGGAAAACCCGAGAGGUUCUGGCCGUGAGGGUUUGUGGAGGGUCCUGCGCUCAGCCUUGCCCCAGUUCCUGUGCCUUUGUAAACUGCGUGGCGGCCGCGGAGCCCGGCCCAGCCAUGACCUCUCCUCUCCGAGAUCCAUAGCUUUUCUCCCCACCCCUUGCUGGGAGUCUUGGGUUUUUUUUGUUUUUUUUGUUUUUUUAGCUCCUUGGGAUAUAACAUUGGCCUUUUGCUUCUUUGGCCUACCUCUCCCUCCCUUUGGCUGAUUUAAUGUUCAUGAUUCUGUUUUUUUUAAAUAUUUAAGGCUGUUCGGUUGUACGAGGCGUUGAAGGGUGUGCGUGUGUGCGCAUGUGCGUGUGUGUGUGCCCGUGUCCCAGCAGAUGGUUACCUAGAUGCAUGUCUUGUUUUGAGAUAUUUACUUCAAUCCAUUUCUCUUGGUGCUCACCAUUAUCACGGCGUCGGGCCGCAAAGCUGUUAUCUCUUACUAUAGACACGUUUGAUUCUUGCCCCAGAAGUUUUCUUGUUUUGGAUUCUUGCCCGAUGAGUCUGGCCAGAUGGGGGCCUAGCUUUGACCUCUGUCCUGGGGUCCCAGGCCGGGGUGUGGGGACCCCGGGGCCACUCCGCCAACCGCCUCCAGUGGAUGCUGUGCUUUGUUUACACUCACUUUCACCCCCACUCCUGUCCCUGCUCCCAUAAAAGAGACGUAAAAAUGCUGACACUUUGAAGGAUAAGAAAAUCAAUCUGAAAAGGGAAAAAAAAAAAAGCCUGUCUGGCACAUAAUCUCUGAAAGUGUUUCUGUGAAAUCUUUCUGUGCCAUCAGUUCCCUUACCACUGCUGCUUGCUGUUUGACAACGAGUGGGAGAUGCAGGGAGAGCGGGGCUUCCUGCAGUUGACUGGCCCUCCCUCCCUCCCUCCCUCCGUGUCUCAGGCAGGUUAUAUCCAGCUGUCACCCCUUCCCCCACCAGGCGCUUUCCCUGGGGUUUUCAGGGCACAAGGGAAGCAGUCCUGGCUCCCUCCACUCUCUGUCCUUGUGACCUGACCCCACCUCCCUUUCUAGAGCUCAGCCUUCCAGGGUUUUUUGCUCUGGCUGGUAGAAAAAGAAACUUAGAUUCUUAGGGGACGUGGCACCCCAGGGUGGGGGCCAAACCCCUUGUCCCUCCCCAGGUGAAGGGGUGCGGCGUCCUGAUCCCAGCAGAGCCGCCACCUGGAAGGUGCAGUCCCAGCCGGCUGCCCCAGCUUCCUCUCCGCCUGGGCCUCCCCUCCCCGUGAGGCUGGCUCUCCCCCUGGAUGAGUGAAUCCCAAGCUCGUUUUCAAGAUCACACAUUCUCACUGCCCAGGUGAAUGAGGGCUCGUCAGGGUGGACCCAGGGCUGUCCGGGGGGCCCAUCUGCCCGUGGCCUGCACACUCGCUCAGUGUGGACGCAGCCGGGCACUGGCUGACCUGCCCGACUUUGGUUCUUUUAUCUCAUCUGGGCUCCAGGUGGGCAGGCUUGGAACACCGCUUGUCAGAGCAGCUGUGCAAAGUGCUUCCUUGGUGGUGGGCUCACUGAGGAAGGGACCUGGGGGGCCCCCAGCGUGGGCGCACAGGCAGCAGUGGGCUGGGGUUUUUGACUCGAUGCCUCUGAUGCCGCAUAUGUUAAAGAGGAUUGUCACCACGUCUGAACACAGAUGACAGGAGAGGAGAGCGAGGGUGGAGGAGCUCGGACCUUCAACGCGUUGUAUAUUUCAGUGGUCACGUGGCCUCGACCGGCUUAGCAGGCAGGUUUGGGGAUUGGAGGGGCUCCAGGAGCGGAGAGAAGCCUUAGGAUCCCCCAGGUGCCUCCACACAGAUCACCUGCCUGGAUUUUCUUUUCCUUCUGAGGACUCAGCUUUCCCAGCUCACCACACUGGGGGCUGUUUCCUGUCGGGGCUGUUUCCUGUCUCGAGGCUGGUGAAAAUCAGCCUUUGAGAAAGAAAAGGGAACUCUUCCUGUUGAACGUUGGCUUUGACUAUGUGUGUGUGUGCGCGUGCGUGUGUGUGCUUGCACAAGCCUGCAUGUGUGUUUGUGGGUGUUUACUUAAUGGAAUUUUAUUUUUGUGAAAUUCUUUUAUAAUUAUGUAGCAAAAUUCACCUCCAUCUCCCAGUCAAACUUUUGGUUUUGGAGUCAACCCUGGGCGUUGCUACUUUGAAGACUUCUCUCCUGGGUUUCUGAGCAGAGAUGUGCCACUGGAGUUGAGGUUGUGGAGAGGGUUGGGAGAAACUGAAGUUGGAUGCAUUUCUGUAGAGUUUACAUCCUGCAGUUAAAAGGUAGGAAGGGCUUGAGCAGGGAGUCAUGAAGCUCGUGGCACCCUGCUGCUGUUAUAUCUGAAUCUGUUCACACUGCUUGUUUUGCUUAUUUUGUAACUCCACAGCUGAAACAGGAGGUUCUUUUCCUUUUUCGGGUUUCAGUUCAUUGUAUAAAUGGUUCAGUUUUUCUGUUGUGAGCUCCGGUGACUGUGUCAGGGCUCCCAUUGGAGACAGUCACCCCUCGUGGGCAGAAAAACAAAACCCAAGAAGAGUCUUGUUAAUCAGAGGCUCCCUCAGGCCUGCGCCAUCCAGAGCACGGCCCUUCACGCUCCACUGUCAAGAAGCACGUUUCCACCAGCUGUAUUCAACACUACAAUGCAGUUCAAAAACUAUAUUUGCAUCCAAGACAAUAAAAAGCCGUAUUUUUUGA